AUGACUAAGCGUGAGGUUUUCUACUUAGACCCUGUGACCUUUCAGAAUCAGGAUGCAUCUGAUGCGGUAAUCGAUGACAUUGCAUGCAUGGUAUGUUGCACAAGAGUCAGCCUCAAUAUUGUAGCUGCUCAAAGAGGCACCGUUAUUAGAAGCUUAACUUUUUCUGACCGUGAGAAAACAAUUGAUUGCAUGCGUAUAGAAGGUGGCACACAUAUUCUGCCUAGGGUACAUGAACUGGAAUUUAUACGCUCUGAGAAACAUGCCAUUUUUUGUAGGCUUAUUCAGAACAAGUUCAACACAAGAUUGCGUUGCAUAAUUGUGACUUUCAUGGGAUACCCUGACGUUUCUACUAGGCUCUUUGUUAGACGGAUGCAUAUGGAUUUAGAACUACAUGUGUUCGCCCUGAUGGAUGCUGACCCAUUUGUGAUCGACGUAUUAUCGGUCUAUCGUUAUGGUUCAAAAAAUAUGUCAUACGACAACCGUAACUUGGUGAUCCCAGGAUAUAACAACUACCAUCAACUUGUUAAGAAAGAGUUCGUGAAGGAGAAUCCUGAAUGGGUAGGAGAUCUGAAUUAUAUGCUGGCAAAUGAGAAAAAGUGUGAAACUCAGGCUUUCAAUAGCCAUGGCUUAGGCUAUCUCUGUAAUUUUUACUUGCCAGCAAAGCUUCAAGAGAUUCUAGAACCUCAUCUUUGCUUGUAA